AUGACAUUUGGAAGAUUUGGUAGCUGUUGGACACCUCCAGGAAUACAUCAAUCCAGACAAGAUCAUGACCGAACAGGGAAACCCCCAACCACAACCAAAGGCCAAGCAUCUCCCUUGAUUGGUCAUCAACGUGAUCCAUGGCACAACCAGUCUCGAGCAGGAGGAAGUACUUCAAGAGGAAAUUGCAAAAGCUGCACAGAUUCAGCAAGUAAUAUCAAUCGGUCCUGUACUGAAAAAGAAACUUCAGCUACUGGAUUUGCUGAGGAAAAAUAUAGAGGUAUUUGUAUGGUUGACCUACGAUACCUUGGCUUGGACCCUAAAUUUGCCUGCCAUAAACUCAAUGUCAAUCCUUCAGCUCGACCUGUCAUACAGAAGAGCAGAAGAUUCUCAAUUCAGCAUACCAAAGUAGUGAUUGCAGAAAUGGAUAAGCUCCUAAUAGCGGGGGCAAUUCGGGAGGUCCAGUACCCGCAGUGGUUAUCUAAUAUAGUUGUAGUAAAGAAAAAGAAUGGAAAAUGGAGAGUCUGUGUUGAUUUUACUUGUCUCAAUAAAAUACCUCUGUUCUGCCCAUACCAAGAGAAAAUAACGUUUAUCACUCCAAGAGGCACCUACUGUUACAAGGCAAUGCCAUUUGGCCUUAAAAAUGCCGAAGCAACUUACCAGAGGAUGGUGACUCGGAUGUUUAAAAAUCAGCUCGGACAGACUAUGGAAGCAUAUAUAGAUGGCAUGGUGGUCAAAAAGCAAGCUUGCUAUGAACCACCUCGUCGAUCUAAAAGAAGUUUUCAGCAUCCUGAAAACCCAUCAACUUCACCUCAAUGCCUCGAAAUGCGCUUUCAUAGUAGGAACAGGGAAGUUCUUGGGCUAUAUGGUUACUCACAGAGGAAUCGAAGCAAACCCAGAUUAGAUUAA